CAGUUACUUGCAGACAACUGAGCGUGUGUCACGCGUCGCGAAAACAUGUUAACACAUGUGACUACACGUGGUUUAUUUGUUCGAUAAAGUGAUAACGUGUGACAAGACAACAUGUGAAUUUAGUGUUGGUGAUGGAUGGUUAAAUGAUAAAAGAUUUAGAUUGUUUAAAAACAUGUUGCUCAGAUAAACCGGUUGUUUUCGGAAGUACAGUUAUAGCUAAUAAUCAUAAUUAUAAUCAUGUUUAUGUGAAAUAAUUAGAAUGUAAUUCUUUAAAUUAUUUUUAAAAUGACAAUGUUAUGUUUCAAAGUCUUAGAGAUUCCUGUUUGUUGUUGUUGUCAAUAAUAGUGUUGUGUGCCAACAUGUCCGCUGUUGUAAAAUAUCUCAAGAAAACAACACGCAGUUGGAUAGAGAGUACAUUCCAGAAGCGGGAGUGCAAGUACUUCGUUCCGAGUGCCAAGGAUGAGCAUGUUUGUUGGUGCGGGCUCAGCAAAGCGGCGCACGGGGCGAGUGUGGCCACGGCGGCUGCAGGCGAGGCCUGGGUUCCGGCGAGGCAUACCCACUCGUCCCCCACUGACGCAUACGGCACGGUCGAGUUCCAGGGCGGCCCGCAUCCCACCAAGGCACAGUACGUCCGCCUAUCUCACGACACGAGACCCGACCUGAUAGUCCAGCUGCUGACCAGAGAAUGGGCGCUAGACCGGCCCAAGUUGCUCAUCACCAUCCAGGGAGGAAAGGCCAACUUUGACCUCCAACCCAAGUUGAAGAAAGUCCUCAGGAAAGGUCUUUUGAAAGCUGCGAAGACCACUGGAGCUUGGAUCUUUACUGGAGGGACAAAUACAGGUGUGACCCGUCAAGUGGGCGACGCACUGCAGCUGGAGAGGUCUCAGAGAGCUGGUCGCGUCGUCAGUAUCGGCAUCGCACCCUGGGGCAUCGUGGAGGGAGCCAACGAACUCAUCGGGAAAGGCAGAGAUGUGCCCUACCAUGCUAUGGCUUCACCGAGAUCGAAGCUUGCUGUGUUGAACAACAGACACGCGUAUUUCUUGCUGGUAGACAACGGUUCAGUGGGCAGAUACGGCGCUGAGAUCGUGCUCAGGCGCAAGCUGGAGAAGUACAUCGCUGCGCAGAAGCUGCAUCCAUAUACCCACUCGUCGACUCCAGUGGUAUGCCUGGUGAUAGAAGGCGGCACAAACACAGUGCGUGCUGUGUUGGAGUAUGUCACGGAUACACCGCCCGUGCCCGUCGUGGUGUGUGACGGCAGUGGCAGAGCCGCGGAUCUCAUCGCUUUUGUUCAUAAGUACGCAUCAGAGACCGGCGAGCAGUCAGUUCUGGAGUCGAUGCGGGAGUUCCUGAUUGGCACUAUCCAGAAGACGUUCGAGGUGGGCAUCCAGCAGGCCGAGUGCUUGUAUAGCGAGCUGCUGCAGUGCACCAGGAAGAAAAACCUGAUCACUGUAUUCAGGAUCCAAGAGCGCGCAGAAGGCGGGGAGGUUCAGGAGUUGGACCAGGUGAUCCUGACUGCUCUCUUCCGAGCCCAGCACCUAUCAGCGAGCGAGCAGCUGUCUCUGGCCCUCACAUGGAACCGUGUGGAUAUCGCCCGCUCCGAAAUCUUUGUCUAUGGACAGGAAUGGCCGCCAGGUGCGCUCGACGAAGCGAUGAUGCAGGCUCUAGAACACGACCGCAUUGACUUCGUGAAGCUGCUGCUCGAGAACGGAGUGUCCAUGAGGAAGUUCCUGACCAUCCCACGGUUGGAGGAGCUGUACAACACCAAGAGUGGGCCCAGCAAUACCCUGAGAUACAUUCUGAGAGACGUCCGGCCCCAUCUGCCGAGAGGAUACAUCUACACCCUGCACGAUAUUGGACUGGUUAUUAAUAAGCUUAUGGGGGGUGCUUAUAGGUGCUACUACACUAGACGCAAGUUCCGUCCGAUCUACGCGAAGGUGAUGAACAAGAGUGUGAAUGUCCACCGUAACAGUGCGUCGUUCACCCGUCACAACGCGGGGGGCCUGUCACUUAUCACUGGGUUCAUGCCAGUCACUACUGAAAUGGCGCUGUUCGACUACCCCUUCAAUGAGCUUCUAAUGUGGGCAGUCCUGACGAAGCGACACCAGAUGGCGCUGCUAAUGUGGACUCACGGGGAGGAGGCGUUAGCGAAGUCCCUGGUAGCCUGCAAGUUGUACAAAGCCAUGGCCCAUGAAGCGGCUGAAGAUGACAUGGAGACAGAAGUAUAUGAGGAGCUCAGACAUUAUGGCAAGGAGUUCGAGACCAAAGCGCUGGAGUUACUGGAUUACUGCUACCGUCAAGAUGAUGAUCAAGCCCAGCAAUUGCUUACAUGUGAACUUCAGAACUGGUCUGGUCAGACGUGUCUCAGUCUCGCCGUGGCAGCCAACCAUCGCGCCCUACUGGCCCAUCCAUGCUCACAAAUCAUCCUCGCCGACCUAUGGAUGGGCGGACUCAGAACACGAAAAAACACCAACCUAAAAGUAAUUCUGAGUCUGCUGUGUCCACUCUACAUUCUGCAACUGGAGUUCAAGUCGAAGGAAGAGCUCCAACUGAUGCCGCAGACAGAAGAAGAACACUUGGAAAACGAAAGCAUGGAGGACGACAGAAGUACCAAAGACCCAACGGACGCAGAGGUUCCAGGUUACAGUCCCUGCGCCUCGCGUCUUCCGUUCAGCAUUGCCGUACCGAUGGCUCCCAUCUCCGCCUCUGCAACCGUUGAGGCGUUGAUUGGCUCAGGGGCCGAAUGUGAGACCAGAGUUGACCAGAAUGGGCGGGUGGGUAAAAUUGGGUGGGAGCCAGUAUACAGAGAGCUCCCUGAAUACCACGCGCCUGAGGACAAGAGGAUGAGGCCGCUGAGGCUCAGGAAGAAGAUCUACGAGUUCUUCACAGCUCCUAUAACGAAGUUCUGGGCUGACUCGAUUGCCUACAUAUUGUUCCUAUUGAUGUUUACAUAUACAGUAUUAGUAAAGAUGGACCUGACGCCAUCUUGGCCGGAGAUAUAUUCAAUAUGCUAUAUACUAACAUUCUUGUGUGAGAAGAUAAGGGAAAUAAUUACGUCCGAGCCUGUUGCUAUUAGACAUAAGUUCAGCGUAUGGGCAUGGAACAUGUGGAACACGUAUGACGCCGGCUUUAUCAUCUUCUUCCUAGUCGGUCUGACCUUGAGGCUUCGAGCCUCGUCCAUGGACGUCGGCAGGGUGAUCUACUGUGUCGAUAUCAUCUACUGGUACUUAAGGAUACUCAACAUUUUAGGUGUUAACAAGUACUUAGGUCCUCUAGUCACUAUGAUGGGUAAGAUGGUGAAGAACAUGAUUUACUUCGUGGUGCUAUUAUUGGUUGUGCUGAUGUCUUUCGGAGUGGCGCGGCAAGCAAUUUUGUACCCAGACGAAGACGCGAGCUGGUCUUUGAUCAGGGAGGUAUUCUACCAGCCGUACUUUAUGCUUUACGGGGAGGUUUUCGCUCCGGACAUUGACCCCGUCUGCGGGAUGGAAGUUGGCCAGCGGAAAUGCGUCACCGGAAGAUGGAUCACGCCGAUCGCCAUGACGGUCUACCUGUUAAUCGCCAACAUUCUCCUCAUAAACCUCCUUAUUGCAGUCUUUAACAAUAUAUUUAACGAAGUCAAUGAAGUCUCGCAUCAGGUAUGGAUGUUCCAAAGGUUCACAGUAGUGAUGGAAUAUGAACAGAAACCAGUCCUGCCUCCACCGCUGAUCAUCUUCUGUCAUAUAUACGCCACGUGUAAAUGGAUCACCAGAAACGUCUCCCACAAAAGGUUCCAGUACGACAAUGGACUCAAAUUGUUCCUCGAGAAAGAGGAUAUGGAAAGGCUGUAUGAUUUUGAGGAGGAAUGUGUUGAAGGAUACUUCAGGGAACAGGAAGUAAAGUUAUCAAAUUCUAUGGAGGAGCGAGUGAGAAACACAACUGAUAGAGUAGAAAAUAUCACGACCAAAAUGGAAGACUUGAAUCAGAAAGCUCAUUGCCAAAUACAGUCGGUACAGAGUGUAGAAUUUAGGUUAAGAAAAUUAGAAGAUGUAGCAGAACAGACGAUGAACCAUUUAGCAGUGAUACAUCGGUUCAUGGCGACGCAUCCUUCCCUUGUGAACCGAGGGUCUACGGACACCCUAGGACCACCCCCACCAACCUUUCAAGCUGGAGGAUCCAGACUCAGAACAGCUAGUGACAGAUCCGAGGUGCUGUCGGACAGCGACACGGGCGCCGCUCGAUUCGCCGUGCGUCCCGUCCAAGAGGAGGACGAACAUGCCUCCCAGCCCUCUGACGAUGAGCUCCCGCAGUCAGGGCCAGAAAUAGUGGAGAAGGAACCAGAGGCCGACUCCAUAUCCACGUCCUCAGGUGGAAGUGCAGCAGGUGUUGCUGACGUCACCGUGGUCAGACAACAGCCUCCCAUCAUCACGCCAGCUCGGCAGAGAUCCUCAGAGAGCAAUAGGACUGAACUCAGUGAGGAGAAGAAAGUGCCGUCAACAACAGAUGAUGCUUUCUUGCCCGAAGUCCGAGAUAUACCUGCAGACAUACAAAGUCUGCGCCCGCGCACCACAUCAGCAGGAACUCGACGCACUGCCAACACGAGACGGCGAUCAGAAGGAGGUAACGACUGUGGUAUGGGCGGUCACCAUUCAGCCCAACAUCUUGCCCCGAGGAGACAGCACAGCCAGACACAUUCCGAGCCUGAUAACUCUGCUGUUGAUGCCAGUUCGCUACAUAAUUCGCAGACAGGUCGUCAAUCCGGCUGGGAGGCGACAGGGGGAGCAGCAGGCAUGUCGUCAGGUCGGAGCAGGGUCGGCGGGGCUCCCAGGUCACUACUGCUGGCCAUGCACGAGUACACCAGCAUCACAGACGAGCUCGAGACUGUCUACGGGCUGUUCUCACCGCCACAUACGCCUAGAACACCAAUAACGUCGCGUCUGCUGUCGCCGGCGCGUGCGUCGUCCCCGUCGGUGCGACGGCGUCACGCUAGCGAGAUGUCCAACCCAGAGUUUGCCCUCUACAUGGAGAAGGAGCACCUCCGCGGUGCUGAGGAAGACGACUACAUCAUCAUGGAGAAUUUAAUUCAGAGGCGAUACGAUGAAGAGGAAGGCGGUGAGGGUGGAGAGGGUGAGACUCACGGCAUCAGCAUAAGUGUCUGCGUCAACAGCAGCGAGGAGCAACAACAACAUCAACAACCGCAAACGUCUUCGUUGCUCACUGUUGGCGAUAGACGACUCGUGCAUCAGAGGCAUUCCUUAAGAAGAUCAUCAGCAAUCGACAGUAGAGAGCUUCCGUCACCUUUGCAGCCACUACUGGGGGACGAUACGUGUGGAGAAGUCUCGCUACCAGUUCCGAGACAACCGUCUGCUGAGACGAACGCGUCUAGCGACCUGUCUCUAUCGCACAUGGUGAGCGAGAACCUCCCCCCUCGCCCCUCCAUAGUGCUGGACUCGUCACAAUUGCCUCGGCAGAGGUCCGCCGAGCAGCAGCCGACGCAACCCCAGGCGCCUACGCCAGCCCGACCAGAGACCAUGUGCUGAACGAAACCGUAGUUUUCGACAUCAAUGCAAGAAUAGACUACGACGAUGGAGACAUAAUAGUGCCUGAAGAAAGUAUCACCAAACAAACACAUUAAAAGGCUACAAGGACCGAGGCACAAGAGUAUUAACUUAAUUAAGAAAACAAUUAGAGAAACACCAAAAAUUACUGUUAAUCUUAAAAGUUAAAGCGUUUUGAGACGAAACUUUUCCAGUUUUCAUUGUGAAGGCCAUUUUUGGAA